AAAAGAUCAUUUGCAAAUGGCAAUUGGCAAAUCAUAUUAUAAAAGAGUCAAAUGUAUUGAAUUAAAAUGAGAUGUAUAAUAUAUUUAUUAGUAUUAAUCUGUUAAGUAAUACUCAUGUAUUUAUUUUAAUAUAAUAGUUUACAUUUUUUUUUGAUAUGGUCGUCGUCAACUAGAUAAAGAUAAAACUGUAAACAAUACUUUUAAAAUGGAAACUGGAAAUCAAAAUCUUCAUGAGUCAUCGUUGUGCGGCUUUACGGAAUAUACUACUGAAGGUAGAAGAAAACUUAUGGGUUGGUUGAAUCAACAAAUGAAAAUUCAUUUGACAGAUGGACGGAUUUUGAUUGGAACAUUUGUGUGUACUGAUAAAGACGCUAAUAUUAUAUUAAGUUCUUGCUAUGAAUAUUUUAAUGAAAAAGAUUUAGAAACUGGAGAAUCUCGAUUGCUGGGCCUCGUAAUGAUUCCUGGUCGACAUGUAAUUUCUAUUCAUACUGAUGUACAGCAAAAAUCUGAACAACCAUUAAAUUCAAAUUUUGAACAAACUAUGUAAAAACAAUAUGUGUAAAUUAUUAUAAAAGUUAAAUAUUAUAAUAAUACAAUUAUUCUUAACUAUA